GCACUGAAGUCAAGAACUCUGAUUUAAAGUGUCUCUGCUGCAGCCAGUGUCAUUCAUACAAACACAGAUUUGACUCUUGAUUUGAAGCAGAGAAUCAGGUUAUUCAGACCUAGUAGCAGCAGCACCUUAGGAGACAUAGAUGUGGAAUUCUGCUGCCUUCUUGCAUCCUAGAGUGCUGCUGGUACACUCUACCUGCCAAAAGCCUCAUUAUUUUAGCUUGUUCACCUUCAGUGAAGUUUUGUUAAAGUAUACAGAUAACUGGUGAAGAAAAUAUAUCAUGUAAUCUUUAGUUGUUGCUGCCUUUUAAUGCUUUGUGCUGCUCAUAUCUCAUCAUAAUAUCCUAAACUGAGGAAACAGGUGAAUAGCCAUGUCCAAAAACAUUCUUUUGUAUUUCAAUGUAAUGUUUAUAUGUAAUGUUUCAUAUACCAACAUGUCUGACUGUAAAGUAAAAAGUGCUACCAAUGUGGGCUUUUUUCUUAAUUGAAGGAAAUAUGGGUCUGAGGCAACACAACAAUUAUGUGGAGUAUUACAAGAAAGGUUCAAAAAAUUGGAAAUUCUCUUGUUCAUUAUUCUGCACAAGAUGCAACAGCUGACCUGUGUAGACCAUGCUAUGAAGGUGAACAAGUUGAUGAACUCUAUGAGGGCCAAGGAUUUAUGUGUUUUGAGGGAGGAAAUACAUACAAGGGUCUGUUUUCUGAAGGGUGUAUGAAUGGAGAAGGGACUUACACAUGGGCUGAUGGAGUAAAGUAUGAGGGAACAUUUACUAAGAAUAUGCUGAUGCAUAAUGGCCGUUAUACCUGGAAUGAUGGCAGUGUUUAUGAAGGAUCAAUCAAAAAUGGACUUAGGCAUGGAUAUGGAGUUUUCAGAAGUGGUACUCAUCCAAUUUCUUACACUGGUUAUUGGUGCAAUGGCAAAAGACAUGGAAAGGGUAGGAUUUGUUAUGAUCAGGAACAGACCUCCUGGUAUUCAGGUGAAUGGGUAAAUAAUGUCAGAGAAGGAUGGGGAAGGAGACGCUACAGAUCUGGAAAUACCUAUGAAGGUCAGUGGAAGAAAAAUCUACGACAUGGAUAUGGAACAAUGAUAUGGCUGACAGAUAAUCAAGAGUAUGCAGGACAUUGGGAGUGUGGCAUACAGAACGGUUCUGGCAUCCACAUAUGGUUUUUGAAGAGAACGGAAAUGUCACAUUAUUCUCUGCGGAAUGAAUACACGGGUGAUUUUGUAAAUGGGGAGCGUCAUGGGUGUGGGACGUUUAUUUAUGCUGAUGGAACCUUGUACUAUGGAGAAUGGGUGCAUAAUAAGAAGCAUGGCAAGGGCACCUUUGUCUUCAAGAAUGGUGAAGUUUUUCAAGGAGAGUUUGUAAAUGAUCAUCCAGUGGAAUGUCCUGCUCGUCAAGGGACUGUUGUGAAAGGCGAAAAUCUGAGCGCCACUAGCACAAGAAGUCAUUCUGCAACUAGAAAGACCGCAAUCAUCAGUCCCUUGGGAAAGAUGUUUACUCUGGGAUCAGAUACUGAUUUGGAUAUAUCUUUACUGCUUGAAUUGUUGCCAAGAGGAGACAGAGAGGAAGAAUUGAAACAAGUAGAAUUGGCUGUGUUGAAGUAUAUUUCAAAACUGAGAAAAGCCUACUACUUCUACAGUACCUUAGGCUGCAAUCCUUCUUCUGAUGACACUUAUGUCCUGACUAAGAUGCAGUUCUGGAGGUUUCUGAAGGACUGCGAGUUUCAUCUCUCCUCUUUAACUCUUGCUGAAAUGGAUCGGCUCUUGGGAGGUAAAAAACAACCUAAGGAUUGUCAUUGUCUACAUGAGGUAUUCCUGUUCAGAAAAUUUGUAUCCUCCCUUGUUCACCUGGCAUUUUAUAUCUAUCACGAAGAGUACAAGGACGAAGUUCCUCAUCUGCAGAAGUGUUUUUGCAAAAUGAUGUCCAGUAAUGUUCUGCCCUCUGCCUGUCAAGUCCAAGGUAUCUUAUAUUCCGGUGAAGAAUUCACAUCUUUUGCCUUUAGCUACAUUCACAAAUGCUGGGAAAUAUACACAUAUUUCUGUAGACCAUAUCCCAGACCUCCAUUUGGAUCCACAGUGAAGCUGAGGCAAUUCCUCUGGAUGUUGGAUGAUUUUAAACUUCUCAGUGAAGAAUUAACUGCUCCAAGAGUUUUGGAAAUAUUUGUCAAAGUUGGUGCCUCUCUACCUAGCAUCCGUGGUGUCAACCUGGAGUUGGAGAUGGUUUUUCUCGAAUUUUUUGAAGCUCUUCUUGAAUGUGCAUUGGUAUAUGUAACUGAGGAUAUGAUCCUGAAGAAAGAAGCUCAAGAUAAUCAGAAAAGAAGUAGCUUUGAAAUCAAGAAGCUAUCCAAGGAAAACUCAGCUGUGUCUCUCACAGGACAUUUUCCACCCCAGCCACUGAGACCUUGUGAAGACACAGAGCCUGCUCAUCAACCUUCUCUACUGGAAACUCUUCUCUCAUUUCCCAUAACUCCUGGAGAAAGCAAAGAUGAUAUGUCAUUGACCAACAAGGAUAUAAAGGAAGAACAAGAUUCCUGUCUAGAAAAUGAAUUGACAGAUGAAGAAAAAGAAGAUAAAGAUGAAGAAAACGAGCUGUUUAGUCUCUGGAUGUGUCAGGUGGAAAUCUUUUUCCUAACUAAGUUAUUCCCUGCUUUUGAGCAUGAAAGAGUGCUGAGGGAUAAAAUAAAAGAAAAAAAAAAUCAGGAUGCUGAAUUAGCUUGGCUGAGAAAGAUCCAGGCUGAGGACCUGGAAAGACUUAUUGCUGAAAAAGAAGUAGAAGAGGCUAAAAGGCAAGAAGCAGCUGCAGCAGAAAGGGCACUUGCCUUGCAGAGUGCAGCAUUAGAGGGGAGUGUCAAGCCUGGAGAGGAGCCUUGUGAAAUAAAGAUACAUCUUGGGAUAGAGUCCUCUCCUGGAGAGGUCUCUAGCUGAAGAAAGAGGCCCCCAAGAGAGAAUCCUCACCAAAGAAGAGGCCCAGAAGGCAGAGCCCACAGGUACCAAGGCACCUGCUGACAAAAAGAAAAAUAAAUAAAUCCUCUGCUGGCAACUGCUGAAGCUUCAAGCAAGUACCCUUCAAAUAAGAAAAAAAACCCAAACCAAAACAACCCCAGAAGACCCACACUUGUAGGAAGCUGUAAGAAUGGUUUGACUAUAUGCACAAGAAUUGCUGGUUUCAGAGGAAACAGUCUUUUACACCAGGGUUUUGGAUAAAGUAGCAGGAAGUUACAUGAUGCAAGUGAACACAGAUGCUCCUAAAGUGUAACAAUUAUUAGUUUUAUUUUUCAGCAAAAUAUUCACAUAACAUAUCAGAAUGGAAUGGUACAGAUGAAUUCAGAUUGGUUUUUAAUUAGUUUGCACAUAAACAUUUUUAAAAUUUAAAAAUUUUAUGGUCAGAGUUUACAGAUUUUAGUAGAAAUUUUGAUUCUUACAAAGCAAGUAUUGCUUUACUAUUGUCAUUAUUCCAGUCAAUAAUAUGACUAAUAACUUCUCAUGUUGAACAAGUGCCUGACAUUGACAUCUUCAAUAAAUCAGCCCUUUGCAGAUCAAUCCAAGAAGAAAAUAUUAUUAAACUGUGUUGCACAAAGUUUCUUCACUUCUUCUGUUAAAAAAAAAACCAAACAAAAACAACAACA